AGGAAGUCCCGCUCUCUAGCACACGGCAGCUAGCUUGAUGCUAGUGUGUGUGUGUGAAAACCUCACGAUCAGUUCUGAAGGACGGAAAGAAACACAGCCACUGCUCGGAACACUUUUCCAUCUCUUCGACCGUCUCGGUGCCGAGAGAUAAUAUCAGCAGUCGAGGCAAACAGAAAAGCCUACGGUCAUGUCAGGACAGAGGAAAGGAACGGCAGCAGCGCGGCUGCCUAAAUGUGCCUUCUGCAGAACCAACCGUGACAAGGAGUGUGGGCAGCUGCUAAUGUCGGACAGCCAGAAGGUGGCAGCCCACCACAAGUGCAUGCUCUUCUCCUCCGCCCUGGUCACAUCUCACUCAGACAGUGAAAACAUCGGAGGAUUUUCCAUUGAGGAUGUGAAAAAAGAAAUCAAGAGGGGAAAUAAAUUGAUGUGUUCUUCAUGUCACCGACCGGGCGCUACUAUCGGCUGUGAUGUGAAGACGUGCCGGAGGACGUAUCACUAUUACUGUGCUGUGAAGGAUAAAGCCCAGAUCAAAGAGAAUCCCUCACAAGGGAUUUACCUCGUUUACUGUCGCAAACACCGUGAUGCUUCUCAGGAUGGCAUUCAAGAUGAAGAAGGAGGUGUGGAGGAUUCAGACUCUUCGCCUCCACAAAGUAGAGGCAGAGGGAGAUUUGAGAAGGGUAGAGCUAAGGCCGGCUCUCGUGGCCAGUCGGAAGACUCCCGCUCCUCCACCUCACAGGCUGCAGACGAGGAGAGCUCCUCCCAUCGGGACAGGUCACCUCUGCGGGCCAGCCCAGGAGACGGCGGCCAGCGUUGUGGCUUUUGUCAUGCUGGCGAUGAAGAGAAUCAAACGAGAGGCAUGCUUCACACCGACAACUCCAAAAAAGUGGCCGCGCACUACAAGUGCAUGCUUUUUUCAUCGGGGACGGUGCAGCUGACCACUACAUCACGGGCUGAAUUUGGGAACUUUGAUGUGAAAACAGUUAUCCAGGAAAUUAAAAGGGGGAAAAGAAUGAAAUGCACGCUCUGCACUCAGCUGGGUGCCACCAUUGGGUGUGAAAUCAAGGCAUGUGUGAAGACCUACCACUACCACUGCGGCCUUCAGGACAAAGCCAAGUACAUUGAAAACAUGGCGCGUGGCAUCUACAAACUAUACUGUAAGAACCACAGUGGUAACGAGGAGCGGGACGAGGAAGAUGAAGAACGAGAGAAUCGCAGUAGGGAGAGGGCAGCAAUUGAUCAUGGUGGAACACCGUCAAUGCAAGUGAAUGGCAACUAGUUUGGCCUGCUGGAUGUGACGUGGGGUGAAAAUGGAAGAACUCAAAGACGAGGGAGCGAUAUUUUUUUAUACUAAAUCUUAGCCUACUCACAAUGCCGUGGUCUACAAGCUCCCACAAGCCCUUCACAUGGCUUCUUCCAGUAAAUGGACAUGAUGUCCUGAUGCGCUGCAGACGACAUCUUCAUGAGACCCUGUGUGAGUUGGCUGGAUGAGCUUUUCACAGGCUGAUGGUACUCUGCAGAGCACUGGAUUGCUGCAGGAUCCUGAACAGUCAUGUCCAGUCUUUCCCAAGAGUCAGCUAUGGGUUCAGUUUCAAAUAAGUGUAUUGUUGCUGUUGUUAAGAGCUGAUGGACAGAUGUUUUGUUGCUCACUGCCCAUGUCCCCCACAGGUUACAUAACCCACACUUGCUGAAAUCGACACAUUCUUGCUCUUCCUUAGCUUCUAAAGGACUCACUUUUAAGAGGGGUCUGUUUGUUACUCGUCUCUCUAUCAAGUUGUGCAGUUUGAUUACUUUGUUUCUGUAAUCAUGUCUUAAUACUCUUUUGAUGUUAGCCUUUCUUUCUUGAUAUGUAAUAUUUUGCUACUGUAUUAUCAUCAUGAGUAAUUUUGAAUAUCUGGAUUUCAAACAGUCACGAUUACAAGUUUUGCCAGCAUGCACUUGGAUUUUUCCACUGUUGAAGGUGGUGUUUUUUUAUUUAGUGGCUAAAGGGCAAAAGUAGAGCUCUUUAGAAGAGUUGGCUUGACUUUGUUUGAUGUACUGUUACUUGUAUCUCCAAAAAUGUAUCCAUUAAUGAUUGGAAAUAGAAGAUUUUAUUUUACACAUUUUAA